AUGUCGCUCAAUGUUCUUGCCAUUGGCAGCUCUCGCAACAUCGGGUACUUUUCCUCUAUCAGGCUCCUAGAUAAUGGAGCAACAGUAACAUUCCUCUUGCGCUCACCUGCGGUCUUCGACGCGGAUGAGACGAUCCAGAAGUACGUGAAGGCAGGGAAAGCGCGUCUCAUCAAAGGCGAUGCACUCGUGAAGGAGGACGUGCAACGCGCAUGGGACGAAGCAGGCAAAGAUGGUCCAGUCGAUGUGCUGCUUUUCACAGUCGGUGGCACACCAAAAUUCAGCGUCACGAAGGGUGCCGUGAUUGACCCCGCGAACCUCGUUACCCAAUCACUCUUCAACGUCCUCUGCACGCUGCCGACCUCCCAGCCCCAACCCCGCGUCAUUACGAUUUCCUCAACGGGCCUAACGCGCACCUCGCACGCCGAGCUGCCCUUUGCGCUCAAGCCUCUAUACAGCUACUUACUUGCUGCACCACAUAAGGACAAAGUAGGCGCGGAGCGACUCGUAGCGCACUGCGCCGGGUGGACAUGGAACACGAAGGACGACGGCGAGCCCGGGGACGAUAUCAUGGGUGCCAAGGGCGACGAGUGGAAGAAGAGGGAGGGGCUACCAGCCGAGGGGAGCUUGAAGAGGUUCUUGGUCAUCCGUCCGGCACUCCUGACGGAUGGGGAGUGCAAAGCUGAGGACGAGAAGGAAAAGAAGAAGGGCAAGCCGGGGUAUCGGGUCUCGGAGGGAGAACUGGGCGGCUGGACGGUAUCGAGGAAGGAUGUGGCACAUUUCGUCACUGACGCGAUCCUCAAUCGGUGGAGCGAGUUUCAGAAUAAGUGCGUUAGCAUUGCAUAUUAG